AUGUAAGCUUAAGUAUGUAUGCUGGAUGGGUAGACUCGUUUCUACUCAAUAUAAUCCAGUGAUAACGUAAGCGAAUUGAAGGCCUAAAUUUCUUUAGAGAUGGGUCUUCAAGUUGAUAUGUUGACAUUGGUAUAAAACGGAUGUAUUGCUCCAAACACUCAAAAAAUAAUAGAUGAUUCCACUUAUUAUUUGUCCUUAAAAUUAUUGGGUGGUAAGAAAAAGAAGAAAAAAAAAUCUUACUCCAGUAAGAAAAAAUCUCAACAUAAACAUAAAGCAACAAAAUGUGGGGCUUUAAAUUAUUACAAUGUUGACGGAAGCGGCAAAGUAACUUUAAGAUAAAAAAAUUGCCCUAAAUGUGGACCCGGUAUUUUCAUGGCAAAACACUACGAUAGACAUUAUUGUGGAAAAUGUCAUCUCACUCUUAAGAUUGAUGCUGAAACUGCCAAAAAGAACCUUGAAGAAUUAAAGAAAAGAUAAGAAGCUAAGAAUGUUGGUGCUGUUGAAGGUGGUGAUAAGGGUGGUGCUGGUAAGAAAGAUGCUAAGAAGGCUAAGAAAAAAAAUGAAAGAAUUUUUUGUAAGUUUUGCAAAAAAUACAGAUUUUGA